AUGACGAUGGAGGAACCUUCUCAGAAGGCACCCAGCGAGGGCCUUGCGCCUCCAAAUGGAAUCCUGAAGUCUGAAACGGAGAACAAUAACCUACCUCCCGCCAGAUCAGUAUCGGUUGCGGACUCCCUAGGAUUGAGGAAUCAAGCCAAAGUGGCGAUCCCACGAUCCCGCGCGGGGAUUGUCCCCAGAUAUAAUCGCCGUGUUCCGCGUGCUUGUGAGUCUUGUCGCGCGCGCAAGACAAAGUGUAGCGGUGAUACCCCGAUUUGUCGCCAGUGUCGAGAACUGAGGGUGACUUGCAAUUAUCCGGUGGGAUGGAAGGAGAGAACAAAAAGACAAGUGGACAACCUUUCCGAAAAAGCGCAAGAAUAUGAAAAUCUUCUCAAGGAGUUGGGUCAUUUGGUGGAGAGUCGUACUGCAGACCGCAUCAAGAGCUUGCUGGACAAGCAUGGUACCGAAGUCGACUACUCCAACAGCAACAGCAACCAGUCUCACUCGGUCACGCCCAACGAUGAUGCUGUAGAGGAAGAUAUGGACGAAAUGAGUUCACCCUCAUCCAUCGGAUCCCUUGAAGCGAUUGAUCGAGUGGAAGAGGACUUGAACCGAAACGAAAACUCGAGAGCAACUGGAUAUAUGGGGAAGAAUUCUGAGGUUACAUGGAUGCAACGGCUUCAGCGAGAGGCCGAGCACAGAUCAAACGGACUACCGGGGUCGUUGGAGCCAGGUCAGAGUAAGCGCCAGGACGACGACCUUGCUCUACAUGCUGUGAGUUACCAUCUUGACGACCUCGACAUCUCCGUGCCCGGACCGAUAGAACUGUACUCCAUGCCUCCUCGACAGGUGGCCGAUAAACUGUUCGAUGAUUACCUGAAAACUGUGCAUCCAUUUUUCCCUAUUAUCAACCGACCACUAUUCACCGCACAGUACCGAACGUUCUUCGACAGUAAUGCACGACCUGGUGACAAAUGGCUCGCGAUCUUGAACAUGAUCUUCGCGAUUGGGGCGAAACAUGCUCAUCUUAUCGAGGCAUCGUGGCAAGGAGAUGAUCGGGAUCAUUUGAUAUACCUGACUCGAGCCAGGAUACUCAGUAUGAAUGGCGAUGUCCUGUUUAGCCACCCUGAUCUCCAACAGGUCCAGGUUGAGGGCCUAAUCGCUUUCUACCUCCUCGCAUCCGACCAGAUCAAUAGGGCAUGGCGCAUCUCCGCCCUGGCGGUGCGAUCCGCUAUCACGCUCGGCGUUAACAUGAAAAGCAGUAGCUCCACAACUCCGAACAUCUCCAAAGAGGCUCGCUACCGGGUAUGGUGGUGUCUAUACACCUUCGAGCAUAUGCUCGGUAUCAUGACUGGCCGAGCUACUUGCAUUCUCGAUGGUGUCUGCACCACGCCCCUGCCAGUUCCCUUUGAAGAAGAACAGCUACACGAGCCUCAGGCUGCAGAGGUCCUCAACAACACCGACAUUCGGGAUCAGCGCAUCAACGAGGUGAUGGCCAGCGCUCAAGUUCGACACAUGCCACUGAACCCAACUGGGGGCAAGUCAGCCACCCACUCAUCUCGCACACGCGACAACUCGUGGGUGAAAAGUAUCCCUUUCAACUCGGGUCUCUGCCACUUGUACUACUGUGAUCUGGCAGUUGUCGUGCAAGAGAUUGUGAACAAGGUGUAUUCCGUGGAUUGUGUCAUGGUGCCGUGGACACACAUUGAGAAUCGAAUCGGUGAGCUGCGCUCUCGAAUCGACCUUUGGUUUCACAGUCUCCCCUCUUUCCUCGAUUUCACCCGCAAGGAAGAUGAAGGCCCGGAACGGCUUCGCUGCAAACUCGCUCUCGCCUUCCAAUACUACAGUGCCCGGAUCAUUCUCGGCCGCCCCUGUCUCUGUCGGCGGGACGAUCAGAAGAAAAGCCCCGCUGAGAGAACGAGCUUUAGUCACGAAAUGGCCGUAUUGACGCUCGAGUCCGCCGAGCGCAUGCUAGACCUGAUCCCGGAAGAGCCGAAUGCAGUUCAACUCUACGAGAUCUCCCCCUGGUGGUGCAUCCUGCACUAUCUGAUGCAAGCAACAACGGUGCUGCUCCUCGAACUGUCCUUUGGCAGCGUACAUGUGCCUGAUUCAGAACGGCACUUCAUCGUGCUAGCCAAGAAAGGCACCCGCUGGCUCUAUGCCAUGUCAGAGCAUAGCAUCGCCUCACGCCGCGCCUGGCAGCUCUGCGAUAUCAGCCUGCGUCGUCUCUCCUCAGGCAUGAACUUUGACGUCAGCGACAUGCCCUCCAACACAUACCACCCCGCACCCACAUCCACACUUUCUCUCCCCGAAACUCAACACCUGGACCAAAGCGCCACAAAUGAAACAAAUGACUUCUGGGGCCCCAGCCUGGAGGACCUCUCACUGAACAAUCACGCCCCAGGAACAGACCAAGAGAUAAAACCUGGGGAUCACCAAUACCAACCCUACCCAACCUUCUCAAACAUCCCUACCACCGACCAGAUGGCAACCAUCCAAUUCGACGGCCCAGCCACGGAUAAUCUGUACUUCCCGUACGAUCCUAUCAGCGGCGAGUUCAUCCGCUCCUUCUUCCCAUAUCCGAAUGAGGAAGUAAACUGGGAUCCGAAUUGA